AUGCUUACCAAUGGCUCUUGUGCUGGUGAGGCAUGCACGGAUGAGGCAGGGGAUGCAUUUUGUUCCUGUGACAAGGGCUUCGUAAGGCUUGCCAAUGGCACCUGUGCUGGCUCUGGCAGAUGUGGAAAGUGCCCUGUUGGAGCCGCGUGCGCUGUAGCUUUUGACUGGGUUCCAUACUGCAUCUGCCCUGCCGGCUAUAACAUGACCACCACUGGCUGCAUCAGUGGUGCCCCGCCCACUGUCUCUGGCACCAGCUAUACCUUCUACGACCAGCGCAUGUUGACCGCAACGUCCAACACCUACACGAUGCGCAUCGAAUACAAUGGCUGCACCAACAUCCCUGCCUCCAUUGCCUCAAACAUUCGGGCGAGUUGGAGAAUACAUCACGUUUCUGGAGGGUUAGGAAAUUGCACGUCUGUGAACGGAUAUGCUCAGGAGGGGUGCGUUGGAGCGUUUGACACAUAUAAAGACAGUUCCACUCUGAGCGCCACGAGUGCUACAUAUAAGAGUCUAUUUCCUUUCCGCUCUUUCAUCUGCGUGCAUUAA